AUGGAUGCUCCGCAUACGGGAGAAACGAGUGAUCCAGCUUUGAAGAAGACAAAUGAGUUUCUCAACACCACCAACUUCAUUGCUUAUGAUGAGAGGUUCUUCGACAUCUUCGGACCUCAUGCGACCGUCAAGCAGGUCCAGCAGAUAGCCUUUCAGACCCACGAGGCGCCAUGCUACAACAAAGAUACCAAGGAAUUGUACUUCGCCGAGUGGGGUCCUCCCGGUGGUGACGAUAGUACCCACUCCUGGCAGUAUAUGCUCGAUACCAGGAACAAUACGCUGAAGAAGAUCACCACAACCCCGCCGACUGUCAAUGCGCAUGGCUGCAUCUACUACCGUGGGGCUUACCACGUAGUCACUGACGGGUCUCGCAACGAAACCGGGGCCCUGGUCCGCGUCAAUCCCGAGACUCUUGAAAAAACAGUGCUGUUGAACAACUACUACGAGGAGCCAUUCAUGGGUUUCAAUGAUUUUGACAUUGACUCUGAAGGUAACUUCUGGUUGACGGAUUCCAAGUCUGGAUGGGGCCGAGAUAUCGUGGAUUAUACGCCGCCGACAAACCCUACGGUUUACUUCGUGAACGGAACCACGAUGAGACCCAAGGUUGUUCAUAUUACUACAGGAAACGCCAACGGCGUAUCCGAGUUCAAGCCUGUGUCCAAGAAGAAUCCCUACGGCAACAGGGCACUUUUCGCUUACGAUGUUGCAACUGGUGGGGUUCUGACGAGUCCUCGCCUGCUCAAUAACCCGAUCUCGUACUUUUACGACGGUAUCAGGGUUUCAAGGAAUGGUUGGAUCUUCGUAGGUGCUGGAGAUGGAGUGGACGUUAUUGACCCUGUCAGCGGGCUAACUCUUGGCACGAUCCGCGUUGGUGGAGGUGACAACCUUGCUGUCAGCUUGGCUUUCGGUGAGCACGAGUUCUGGAUCGUUGGGAGGGGCGGUGUUUGGCAUGUCAACAAUGUUGCAGAGCGCCUCGAUCGCGAAUGGUAA